GACUAUCUCUCCGCUCUCCAAUGGCGUCGAUCCAACAAGAAACAUUUGGUGUUCUUGGUUCGUGAAAAGUUAACGAGUUAUUGAACUGCCUGGCCAUUCGUGAGAACGAUAUUUCUAUAUAAUUGCUCGAAUUAAGUGAAAAAUCAAAGGAAGAUGACUGCUAUACCUGGAUCUGUCCUUUUUGACGAAUUUGGUAAUCCAUUCGUAAUAAUUCGUAAUCAGGAGAAACAAAAGCGACUUACCGGCAACGAUGCUAUUAAGUCACAUAUUAUGGCUGCAAGAGCCAUUGCCAGUACACUCAAAACUUCUUUAGGUCCAAAGGGCUUGGAUAAAUUAAUGGUCAGUAGUGAUGGUGAUGUCACUGUAACCAACGAUGGUGCAACAAUAUUGAAAAAUAUGGAUGUAGAUCAUGAAAUAGCUAAGCUUAUGGUUCAGUUGUCCCAAUCACAGGAUGAUGAAAUUGGUGAUGGUACAACUGGUGUUGUAGUAUUGGCUGGAGCUCUUUUGGAACAAGCAGAACUAUUGCUUGACAAGGGUAUCCAUCCUAUUAGGAUAGCAGAUGGAUUUGAAUUGGCAGCACAAUUUGCUAUUGAAUAUCUCAAUCAAAUUGCAGAAGGCUUUCCUGUAAGCCCUGACAAUCUUGAGCCUCUGAUUAAAGUUGCUAUGACGACUCUUGGUUCAAAAAUUGUCAAUAAAUGUCACAGGCAAAUGGCAGAAAUUGCUGUUAAUGCUGUAAUGGCAGUAGCAGAUUUCAAAACUCGAGAUGUGAACUUUGAACUUAUUAAAGUUGAAGGAAAGGUUGGUGGACGUUUGGAAGAUACAAUGUUAGUUCAUGGUGUUGUUAUAGAUAAAGAUUUCAGUCAUCCUCAAAUGCCUAAGCAUUUAGAAAAAGUCAAAUUAGCUAUAUUAACCUGUCCGUUUGAACCACCCAAGCCAAAAACCAAACAUAAGCUUGAUGUUACUUCUGUUGAAGAUUAUAAGAUACUGAGGGCAUAUGAGAAAGAAAAAUUCAUUGAUAUGGUGACAAAAGUAAAGGAUGCUGGAGCUACUUUGGCUAUAUGUCAAUGGGGUUUUGAUGAUGAAGCUAAUCAUCUUCUUUUGCAAAAGGAAUUACCAGCUGUUAGAUGGGUUGGAGGUCCUGAAAUUGAAUUGAUAGCCAUUGCUACUGGAGGUCGUAUUGUACCUCGUUUCGAAGAACUGUCGCCUGAAAAAUUGGGUUAUGCAGGCAUAGUUAGGGAGCUGAUUUUUGGUACCACUAAAGACAGAAUGUUAGUGAUUGAAGAAUGCAAAAACUCAAGAGCUGUCACAAUUUUCAUUCGUGGUGGCAAUAAAAUGAUUGUGGAGGAAGCUAAGCGUUCUAUUCACGAUGCUCUCUGCACAGUGCGCAACCUCGUGACAAACGAGAAAAUCGUAUACGGGGGCGGUGCUGCUGAGAUUGCGUGCUCGAUUGCGUGUGCUGCCAAUGCUGCCAAAAUCAGCUCUCUGGAACAGUAUGCUUUCCGGGCAUUCGCUGAUGCCCUCGAGGCCAUACCCAUGGCUCUCGCUGAAAACAGUGGAUUCUCCUCGGUCAAUGCACUUUCGGAUAUUAAGUCUCGGCAAAUAUCCGAACAUAAACCGAUCUUCGGAAUCGAUUGCAUGAAUCGUGGGACUACAGAUAUGAGGGCACAAAAUGUUAUUGAAUCCCUUAAAAGUAAAGUACAGCAAAUUGUAUUGGCCACACAAUUGGUCAAGAUGAUUCUGAAGAUCGAUGAUAUUCGUUCGCCAGCCGAUGCUGCUGGUUAUUAAUAAUCUUUAGUUUUUUUUUUUUUUUUAUUAUUAUACUAUAAAAUUGUUAUAAAAAUAAUAU